GGCUGCAGUCGAAGCAAAUCAUUUUAUUUCUGAGGGGAAACAAACUGAGUUCAUCUGUUCUUUCUCAUCAACUGAGUGAAAUACUGAGGUCAGACAUGUCUGCUGGCAGCAACCAGAGAUCUGAGGAUCAGUUUCUGUGCUCCAUCUGUCUGGAUGUGUUCACUGAUCCAGUCACCACACCAUGUGGACACAACUUCUGCAAGAACUGCAUCACCCAACACUGGGAAGAUAAAGUUUUGUAUGAGUGUCCCUUGUGUAAAGACAGUUUCUUUGCUAGACCUCAGCUGAACAUCAACACCUUACUCAGAGAGAUGGUUGAUCAGUUCAGACGUGAACGUCAGCAGGAAGCCAGCAGCAGCAGCUCAGAGCAACAAGCUGCCAAACCAGGAGAAGUUCUCUGUGACGUCUGCACUGGAACCAAACUGAAGGCCCUGAAGUCCUGUCUGGAGUGUCUGACCUCCUACUGUCAGACUCACCUGGAGCCUCAUCGGACAGUUUCAGGUCUGAAAAGACAUCAGCUGAUGGAGCCUGUGGAGAACCUGGAGGACAGGAUGUGUAGGAAGCACGAUAAACCUCUGGAGCUGUUCUGUAGGACCGACCAGACAUGUGUCUGCAUGCUCUGCUCUGUUUUAGACCACAAGACUCAUGAGCUUGUUCCUCUGAGAGAAGAAUAUGAAGGAAAGAAGGCAGAGCUGGGGAAGACAGAGGCUGGAAUCCAGCUGAUGAUCCAGAAGAGACGACUGAAGAUUCAGGCGCUAAAAGGGUCGAUGAAGAUCAGUAAAGAUGCUGCAGACAGAGAGACAGCAGGAGGUGUUCAGGUCUUUACCCCUCUGAUGAAGUCUGUUGAAAGAGGCCUGGACCAGCUUGUAGAGGAGAUCCAAGACAAGCAGAAAACUACAGAGAAACAGGCUGAAGACUUCAUCAAAGAUCUGGAACAGGAAAUCUCUGAGCUGAUGAAGAGGAGCUCUGAGGUGGAGAAGCUCUCACGCUCUGAAGACCGCCUCCACCUCCUCCAAAGCUUCUCAUCCCUGAAAGCUGCUCCACCCACCAAGGACUGGACAGAGGUCAGAGUCCGUCAACCAUCAUAUGCGGGGACUGUGGUGAGAGCUGUGGACCAGCUGGUGGAGACACUCAGGAAAGAGAUGAAGAAGCUGCUCAGUAAGAACGAAGUCAGGAAGAAGGUCCAGCAGUAUGCAGUGGAUGUUACUCUGGAUCCUGAUACAGCACAUCCUAAACUCAUCCUGUCUGAUGAUGGAAAACAAGUUCAUCAUGGUGAUGAGAGGAAGAUUCUUCCGGAGAAAGCAGACAGAUUUUCUCAAAGUGCUAAUAUUUUAGGACAUCAGAGUUUCUCUUCAGGCAGAUUUUACUUUGAGGUUCAGGUUAAAGGAAAAACUGGCUGGGAUUUAGGAGUGGCCAGAGAGUCCAUCAACAGGAAGGAAAAGAUCAUAGCAAGACCUCAGAAUGGUUUCUGGUCUAUACGGUUGAGAAAUGGAAAUCAGUACGAAGCUGCUGCUGAACCUCCAGUCUGUCUCCAUCUUCAGUCUGGUCCUGAGAAGGUGGGGGUGUUUGUGGAUUAUGAGGAGGGUCUGGUCUCCUUUUAUGAUGUAGAUGCUGCUGCUCUGAUCUUCUCCUUUACUGGCUGCUGCUUCACUGUGAAACUCUACCCGUUCUUUAGUCCUUGUCCAAAUUAUGGUGGUAAAAACUCAGCUCCUCUGAUCAUCUGUCCUGUCAAUCAGGACAUGAAGACUGAAUCUGUUUCUUCUGCAGUAGGGAUCCCCAAAUCCAGUCCUGGAGAGUCGGUGUCCUGCAGUUAUUAGAUGUUUCUUUCUUGUUUCUUCUUGGAGGUGAACUCUGAGCUCUCCACUGGCCUCUGGUAGAUGUAUUAACCAAAAACAAUGAGAAUGUAAAAGACACUUAGGAGUACUGGGAUGGAGACGUUUGAAUCAGAUAUGAGUAUUGAAGGACUUAAAUGGAGCUUUAAAGGACCUUCAGCCAUUAAGGAAGAAGCCACAGUGGUUGAAGAAAACUGUCACUGAGCAGCCAUGAUAGAAGUGCUGCUUACACAUGGUUUAACACAAGUCUGAAAUCUGCUAAUGGAGUUAGUCAGUGUUUUAUGGUCACUGGGCUUCAAAUAACAGAUAUGAUAACUUACAAAGAGAAGUAAUGAAGGUAUCAGACCAGACCAGGUGGGGCUUCAUGUGAACAAGUCUGUGGGUGGAGUUCUGCCUUCAUCAGCUGCUGCUAUAAUAUCUGCAUCUCUACAGUCAUUUCCAGGGUUGAAAAGGACUUGGAGCUCCUCUGAAACCAGCAGUGAGGGUUUCAGUCAGACCUGCUACCUGUGGUAUAAGGAUAUGAUGAUGGGAAGUCUGGCUCUUUUCAAAGAUCAGACUCAUUCACAGUCUCCUGGAGUUUCUGUUUAAGGAUCAUUUAACAAUUAUAAAAGGUUUAAAUGUUGGUAAGGACUUUUUUUGUUUUCAUAAAUUCAGAAUUCAGAAUCAGCUUUACUUGCCAAGUAUGAACACAUACAGGGAAUUUUUGCCAGCAGAUGUCACUCUAGUGGAAGUAUUAGAAUAAGUAAAAGUAAUAAAAUAAGUAAUGAAUAAAAUAAAGAAAAAUAAGGAAAUAAUAAAAGCAUUAUGCUGAUUUUUUAUUUAAAGAGUUAUUUAUCAUUUCAAUCAAAAUGUCAAAUGGGUAACUGAACACAGAACCACAACAAACUAAUUAAAUAGUCUGUAAAUUAUGACAGUUCAGAUUUACUCAUUUCUGACCUGGUUAACCCUUUCAGUGGCCAGGUCAACCCAACCUGAGGUCCAUCAAUCACUGGAAUUAUUCAGAGUUAAACCUGAAUGUCAGAAUUGUUGUGUUGCCUGGCAACUGAUUCAAACUUCAGCAGGUGAUUUAUGUAACUUAUUUUGACUUCCUAACAUUUUACUAAAUUCUCUCAGUUGUCUGAAUAUAUUGUGGAUUUUCUGAAACCAGGGAUUAUCAGUUCGGUCACACGAGGGCUGCAGUCCUGCAGGUUUUCAAUGAGUCAAAUUAAAUGGAUCCAACAGCCUAUGAAGUUCUGAACAACGAUUCGUUAAUCUGAAUCUCAUUAAUCAUUGUUCUUAAUCCCAUUACCAGCAACAAUCUGGUCAACAUCUUACAUCAGGUGAACUCUUCCUCUUGCUAUUUGAACAUCCUGCCCACAGGUUUUUUCAAAAAGGUCUCAGGUUCUUCCCAGAGCUUCUAAAAACAGCUGUAAUCAAGCCUCUGCUAAAAGGGACAAUCUAGACAAGACACAAAUGAACAGCUACAGGCCAAUCUCGAAUCUUCAGUUUCUAACUAAGAUCAUUGAUAAAGUCAUUUUUCAUCAGCUAAAUGACUUUUAAAGUUCAUAGCUACAACUUUUUCAUCAAAACAAUUUUUAAAAAAUAAUACAUUGAAAGAAUGUCCAGAGGGGUGCAGAAUAAUUUGAAUGAAAAAAUAUAUUAUAGU